AUGGUUGGCUUUCAGCGUCUUGCCCUCUCUCUGGGCUUAUGCUUGCGCGCAGUCGCCGCCUUCAAGAUUUACAACGCAUCUGAUCUCGAGGAUCGCAACGUUGGCGAUGCUUGCGUCAAGGCUAUGUCUGCAGAUAUUGCCUGCCACGAGCAUAUACACUCCUUCAUGCAGCCGCGUUAUCGCGGAUCGCUUCACAACGUAACUCUGACAGAUCAGAUUUGCACUGGCACUUGCUCUGCGUCGCUUCGAAGCUGGUUCAAUACCGUUGUAGAUGCAUGCGCUGAUGAAGACUAUGGGGGCGGUGUCCCUCAACGCUAUGGUGGCUACAUCUGGUCUGGCUGGAACGAGACAUGUGUCAAAGAUCCCAAAACCAAGAACUAUUGCAAUGAUAUCAUCAGCGAGUUCACCGAGCUGAAAGAUGGUGAAGAGAUGCCCCGUGACGAGCUCUGUCAUAUUUGCUACCGCCGCCGCCUCGCGAUCAUGCAAUCAUCAUCGUACUCCAUUUACGACCACUUCUACCAGUCGCAACUCGAGAAGGUAUACAAGACUUGCGGCGGCUCCGGCCCAACCGAGAUGCCACCGCCGCCUAAGGUCGAGAAACCCGAAGAAUACUGCCUCACCAACAAGUACUACACCACCAAAGAGGGAGAUACCUGCGAUUCAAUUGCGAGAGCGAACCCAGGCGUUGCAGGUGUAUACUUGUACAUGGGCAACCAGGAGCUCAUCGGUGACUGUCGCGACAUUCCCGCAGGCAUCAAGCUUUGCCUACCUACAACGUGUCCCAUUUACGUGGUCAAACCUGGAGAUACCUGCUGGUCUAUCGAGCGGUCAUUGAAAGUUAUAGAGGACACUGUUGAAUACUAUAACUCAUGGAUUAAUGUCGACUGCACCAACCUACAGAAAGCGACCGACUUCUAUGGCAAGCCAAUCUGCAUUGGACCCUUCGGUGCUGGUUCCCGAUCUGCUUCAUCCGAUGCUGUAGCCAAGACCCCGCUCCCAUUCAGCAGUGCCAACGGCCCUCAAGUGGUGCGUAUGGAACCGCCUGAGAAGGCCGAGGUAGCUGAUGGGACGACACUAAAGUGUGGACUGUGGCAUGUCAUCAAGGAAGGAGAAUCAUGCGCUGAUAUCUGCAAGGCACAUGAGAUCUGCAAGGAGGACGUCAUGUAUGAGGUUAACCCAACUCUGUCCCGAAACAAUGACGAGUGCACCAAGAGCCUGGUUCCGGGAGAGGCUUUGUGUGUUGCACCUAUUGAUGGUUGGAAUACUACGUAUGACUCAACUGGACCUGCUCAAGAGCUGUAG